AUGGUUAUUCUUUUAGCAACUCGCGUUCACGGUCUCGUUCACGUCGUCGAUCCAGGUCUCGUUCCCGAUCCCGAAGGCGGUCACGCUCUUACAGCCGCAGCCGCUCUCGCUCUCGCAGUCGUUCCGACUCUAAGAGCUCUCGUGGACGCUCCCGCAGCCGUUCCCGCUCACGAUCACGCUCUAGGCAUUGAAAUGCUGAGUUGAGAGUACCAGCUGUGAGCUGAAGUGCUGUGCCACAUGUCUCUGAGCAGACUUCAGCCAAGGUACUAAAACUCAUCAGUUACUCAUAAGCCAUCCACAGACCUAACUAUGAUCAACAUAGUGGCAAAACAUGCAACGUAACAAAUUAUAUUUUAAGUUCCCUUACUUUAACAUAGGC